AUAAACAACCAUGGAUCCGCAGAGAUGGUGACACUCAAGGUUGUAGAUCAAGUGCAUUUUAGAACAUCGUGUUCAGAAUAAAAGGGAUAUGGAUUGAGCUGGAUGACCGUUCAGCUGAUUGUCAACCACGAACCUUUAUUUGCUUACAGCGGGACAGUAUCUUGCAUGUGGUAUUGAAGAGGAGAGGAAAAAGCUUCGUGGUGACCUGCUAGAGGGAUUUCAAGGACCAGGGAGAGCCCCAAACAACUCCAAACAAGGAGGCCAGAACAUAGGGAGACCAUAAAAAGGAGAUUGAGGUGGAAUAAUAGACUGUAUAUCUACACUGAUGACACAACCUUCUGCUUAUACUCUUCCAACUCCAACUACAACAAGCUGGACGCUAACCUAAAGAUUUUUUUAGUUUUCUGUGACCCAUAGAGUAGCCUAAAUAAAAUCCGUGUUGCUAGACAGAAUCCAGUCCUAGUAGGUGGCAGCCAGCCACCUCCCUUCUGUGGGCCCGACCCACCUCUUGGGAACCAGUGAGUUGGUGGAGAACAACAUUGUGAGGGAGAGGAUGGGCAACAAGAGCACCAGCCCCCCCAGAGACCCAGACACUGAGAAGACUCAGAGAGAGGAGGCAAACAACACGGAGACUGCCUCAGGAAGUGCCCCCCCAGGCCCCAGCCCUGACCUGCUAGCCUCACUACAGUCUUUGGGAGAACACAGUGACCACACACUGCUGCCACAGACUCUACACCAGAUAGCGGAGGCCUACUCCCUGGAAGAGGAAUAUCAGUGGGCAGUGCAGUUCCUGCAGCUGGAGAGGCUAUAUCAUGAGCGCCUCCUGUCUAACCUCACUGCCCUGCAGGAAGACUGGGAGAGCCAGUGUAGAAAGUGUAACAGAGCAGCGGAGAGCAUCUCACCAGGUGAAACCAACAGCAUUGGACAGGAACACAUAGAAAUACUGAGCCAGAUCUGCAGGACGCACCAGAGGCCAAUGCUUAGUGCGGAAAAGAGCAUGGCAGACACAGUGUUGAAAGACAACCACAACACCAAGGAGCAAUGUGAGAGGAAUGAGAGAGAAUCACCAUCCCACCAUGGAAAAGUCAGAGGCAGCAACCCUGUAAGACAGGGUGAGGAGGAUUUUGAGCAGACCACGUCAACAGGAGCUGACUCUGCCAUGGCUGAGGAGGAGGAGGGAGGAGUGGUGGAGGGAGGAGUGGUGGAGGGAGGAGUGGUGGAGGGAGGAGUGGUGGAGGGAGGAGUGGUGGAGGGAGGAGUGGAGGAGGGAGGAGUGGAUGAGAUGGAGGCGGAAGGGCAGGAGGUGGAUGAAGAGGAGGUGUUUGAGGAGAGUCCAGAAGAGGAGGUGCAAGUGGUGGAGUGGCCAGCGGGGGUUCCCCAAGCCUCAGCCAAAGACCUGGUCAAACUCUCUCAUGUGGAGGAGAGCUCCUCACCAGAUGGCCUGGUGUCCAUUCUGAAAAGGAGGAGGGCGUCAUUAGAUGGCCUGCCCCCAGAGGGUCCCGAUGCAGCAAAACAGAACUCCAAACGCAAGGUGCGCUUCAGCGAGCCAGAGGAUGGCAUGGAACCAGAGGAGGUGGGUGGAGACUCUUGUUUGAUCCUGCUGUUGUUGUGCUUAGUAACCGUGGUGAUCAGUCUGGGCGGGACUGCUCUGUACUGCACUCUAGUGGACACCUACAGUAGUAUCUGCACCGACUUCUCUCACAACGUGGACUUUUACGUGGUCCAAGUACGACACUUCCUGGACGGGCUCAGACACUGGCUGUCCAUACGCUCAUAGUCAGCACAGUCUACCGGAGCAGUAAGGACAUACAGUCAGUCACCUGCUGCAGCAGUAUAUGGACUUAUACAGAAGCCCACCUACUGCUAUAGUCUAGGGACUCUUAUGAAACCCUAGGAGGAAGACAAGCAAAAAUAUACUGUAAGACUGGUAACACUAUUGGUUGGAGAGAAUGCUUUAGGUGAAGUCAGACACUGGCUCCCCAAACUGUCCAAGCCAGGGAAUAGAUUCGGUAAGCGGGUAUUAUAUACUGUAUGAACUGCUCUGAGACUGAGACAAGAGGGAGCACUUGACCCUAGUCCCAGUAUGAAUUAGAGAAGGUCAUUGAAGUUCUGGGAUAGGGUCUGAAAUAGAGUGAACGGGCUUGUGAGCAUUGAUCUCACAGGAGGCACAGGUGCAGACAUUUUGAACUACUGACAUUUCAUAUGCAGACCAAACUGUUUCCGGAACACUGCCUCCUCUUGUUUUUGACCAGAAGUUUUUAACCUCAAGAUGGACACAGCACAAAAGAGCUCCCCAAAACACAGGAACAAAACAUAGCAUUGUAAAGUAUAUUCUAGUUGGAUUUUUUUUAUUUUUUUUAAAAUAUAGGUUUAUCUGAAUUUGUAAAGAUGUUUAUCUGAAAAACAGAUACAAUUCAGAUAAACAGUAAAGAUGUUUAUCUGAAUUUGAAAGCCUCGUGGUAAAAUUUGGGGUACAGUAUGCCAAUAAAAAACAGACAUUUUGGGGAUUGAAAGGACACUUUUUUUAUUAUCAACAUUUCUGUGUUUUUCAUGACAAGUCUUCUCGACUCCUUGACUUGUCAAAUGUAGCCUACACGUUGUAUAUUUUACAGCUGUUUUUUACAUGGAGUCAUGGGUUUAGAAUUGCUCUUACAUUCCUCUGAAGGUAUGCAAGGUUGUUGACCACUGCAAAUGAAAGUCAUUUGGGAAGAAUGGCUCUCUGGAAUUGGCACAUUGUUAAGUCAUUUGUUGAAAACAGAGUAAUAUCAAUACAAACAUGCAUGAAAGAUACUGUAUGUAUGGCUCUUGGUAUGACAAUAUGAACAAGGUUUAAUGUUCGUACAGCAAUGCAUUUAAAUGUAGUCAUGAUAUUCAGUACUGUACUGAUUACUCCAAUAUUUCAAGAACUUAUGUUAACUUUUUUGUGCUGGUCAAUAUUGUUAUGUAAUAUGUAAUAUUGUAUUGUAACCAUACAUUUGUCUUUUAUUCUAUGUGUCUAUUUUAAUGUAUUCAAUACAAAUCCAUUUCCUUGCUUUGGUGAAUAAACUUUGUUUGCUUUUUAUCUA